GAAUUCAAAAAUUGAGAAGCUACAACGCAAAGUUUUCAAAAAAAGUUUAAUUAAACUGGAAAAACAAAAUUCACAAAUAUGUCUUCUGCACAAUCUCAAAUCUACUACAGUGACAAAUAUAACGAUGAUGAGUUUGAGUACCGUCAUGUCAUGUUGCCAAAAGAAUUAGCUCGACUUGUUCCUAAAAAUCAUCUUAUGACGGAAAGUGAGUGGCGAGGAAUUGGAGUUCAACAAAGUCGUGGCUGGGUACAUUACAUGAUUCACCAACCAGAACCUCAUGUACUGCUCUUCCGACGUCGUCUCGAGAAGUCCCAAAAAGCUUAAGUUGUUAAUAAACUCCCUCAGAUGUCCCUUGAGGAAACUCUUCUCAUGAUAAAUAUAAGAAAAUAAUUCCACAUUUCCGUCGAUUUACCUUUACAAAUGGAUAUGAUCAGCAAAACUAAGAUUUCGUAAUUGAGGCCAAAUUUUAUUGAAAUUCAAAGUCGACAUAAUCAAAUUUCUUUAAUUCAGCCUCUGAAUUCACUCCUAAUUUUCUUUUAAUUAAUCAAUGUAUUUAAAAUGCCUUCUUCUUAUGCCUUGUGUAUUCAUAUCCUUCGAGCAUUUGCUAAAUCUUGAUCAAAUGUAAUAAGAAACUUAAUAUUAAUAUUGAUCUGGUUAAUUAAUUAAACUUGUUUUGUGAAAGGUAGUUAAUAAAGUUUUUUAUAUUUAAGAUGAACUUUGAUUUAUUACAUGUUUUAAGUUUUACACUUCACACCCAUCACACCUCAUUGUCAAUCAAAAUUACAAUCGACGAUCUCUCAAUCCCAAUCG